AUGAGUAAAGAUAAAGAAAAGGAAUUAGAAGAAAUUUUUGGAAAUGAUGCAGAAGAGCUUUCUGAUGCCUUAGAAGAUUUUUCCGAUUUUGAUGACGAAAGUUCUUUUAUAGUUAACACAGAUUCUGAAGACGACGUAAGAAAAUCACCUGUUAAGUUUAAACAAAGAAGGUCAUCUCCUGUAGGUUCACCAUCAUUACCGGAGGGAGAUAGAGACGAAGAUGGAUAUUUUCCAGCACCUUCUUCAAAUAAAAGACGUAAGAAACCAGAACAGACUCGAGUAAAGCGACAAAGAAAACGUUCUGAAAGGAUAGAAAAUCCAGGUGACUUAGAUGAAGAUGUAGCAGGAAAUGUCGAACCCGCUUUAGCACCGUUAAUGGCUUCUAAAGCCUUUGUUGAUCGUGACUUUGAUGAGAUCCUACCCAAGAGAAAGGGUAGAUCAAAAAAGACUGACAUCGAGCUUGAUAAAAUGUAUGAUGAUGUGGCCAUGAAAGUUUACCAGCGCAUGAUGGAAGCUGGUGAAAAAGAUCACUCUAAUAAUACACAAGGCGUCCAUGCUUCUGAAAGAAAUGAGAUAUUAUCGUGGGUUAUGGAUAAAUUAGAAAAAGCGUACCUUAGGGAAUCAUUGUUAGAACACAAUAUAUUGGAUGCAAUCAGAUUAUGGCUUGAGCCAUUACCAGAUCGAUCAUUGCCAAGCCAUAAUAUUCAGGAAGAUUUAUUAAAAUCUCUAAAUGAUUUUAAUAUCACAACCGAUCUUUUAUUAAGUUCGAAAGUUGGUCGUAUUGUAUAUUUCUAUUCAAAAAGUCCUCGUAUAAACUUUAACAUUCAAAGACAGGCUCAGCAAUUAGUUGAUAAAUGGGCCGGACCAAUCAAUGGACAAUCGAAUAAUUACAGGGAAAAAAUUAUGAGAAUGGUUCAUGAUGCAAAUUCGUGA